AUGCCUAAAGUGAAAAUGCACCACGAACGGAAUUCAUUAACAUGUAAACAGGCUCAGCCUUAUCCGCAGAGCAAUGAGCUCUUUGCUAAGCCGCAGCGAAGUGUCAACAAUAAAAAUCAGAAUAAACUCAAUCAAAAUCCAGUCAGUGCAGAUAAUGUAGUAAAAUGUUUUAUGAAAUGCUUCAAGUCUAAAUCUGAGGCAACUAAAAAAGCAUCGUUGGAGAUUUCAGAGAAGAUGCAGAAAACCAAGAUGGCCGCCGUUGAGAGUAAGCAGGAGACUUCACAAUUAAAGAAACGACUUUCUGAGAUGGAGCAGCAAGGGGAAGAUUUAAAAGAUCAGAUUAAGAAGUUACAGCAAGAAGUUGAUGUGUUCAAGAAUAAGUGUGUAACUGCAAAUCUUAAGUAUACCCAAUUGGAGACUGGCUACGACGAGAAAUUAACUAAUCUUCAAGUCGAGAAGAGCAAACUUCAAAGUGCCAACAAUAAACAAAUAGAGGACUUACAACAAAAGCUGAAGACAACAGAUGAGCAUUUUCAGCAAAUGAUUACUCAAUUGCAAUCCGAGGUGCAGGAAAAAAGUGUUCAGCUAGAUAAACUGCAACUGGAGCACACACAGCUUCAGCAGCAUAGCGGUCAGAUGGGAGCGGCUUUUGAGCAGGAAAAGUUGCAGCUUGAAUAUAAAUUUGAAGGACUGCUUGAACAAAAAGAGGUGUGUAUAUUUUGA